AUGGUCAACUUCAAACUGUCGUUCGGUCUUCUUUCAUUGGCGCUUGCGCAUACUUCACACGCCUCGCCGCUCGCUGCACGUGCAUGCGACCUUCCAUCAAAGUACAAAUGGACCUCGACUGGAUCACUUGCUGAUCCAAAGAACGGAUGGGUAGCACUCAAAGACUUCACCACUGCUCCUUACAAUGGCAAGCACCUCGUAUAUGCGACAACCCACGAUUCGGGUUCCUCUUGGGGCUCCAUGGCUUUCGGGCUCGUCACAAACUGGUCAGAUCUAGCUUCUGCCGCUCAGACUAAGCAGACUGCCGCUGCCGUCGCCCCCACUCUGUUUUACUUCGCCCCAAAGAGCAUUUGGGUACUUGCAUACCAAUGGGGGCCCACCGCCUUUUCGUACAAGACUGCUUCUGAUCCAACAAACCCCAAUGGAUGGUCUGGAGCGCAGACGCUCUUCUCGGGAACCAUAUCUGGCAGCAGCACUGGACCCAUCGAUCAGACCCUCAUUGCCGACAGCACCAACAUGUAUUUGUUCUUCGCAGGCGAUAACGGCAAAAUCUAUCGCUCGAGUAUGCCUAUUGGAAACUUCCCUGGUAGCUUCGGCACUUCGUCGACAGUCGUCCUUAGCGAUACCACCAAUAACCUCUUUGAGGCAGUGCAAGUUUACACGCUUGCUGGACUGAACAAGUAUCUUAUGAUUGUGGAAGCUAUCGGUGCGAAUGGGCGUUACUUCAGGUCGUUCACUGCUACGUCGUUGGGCGGAACAUGGACAGCACAGGCUGCUACCGAGAGCAAUCCGUUCGCGGGCAAGGCGAACAGCGGGGCCACGUGGACUAACGACAUCAGCCAUGGAGAGCUGGUCAGGAGUGUCAACGAUCAGACGUUCACCGUGGACCCGUGCAAUUUACAGUUGUUGUAUCAGGGACGCUCGCCCAGCUCAGGUGGUGACUAUGGCCUGUUGCCCUACCGACCUGGGGUGUUGACGUUGUCGAAGUGA